UUCAAUUAUGACGUACUAUAUCUAAUCAGAGAUCCAUUCCAUUGCCAUAAUCAGUUGGCCGGUGACCGCUACUCGGUAGCAACGUCUGACGCAGACACUCCGAGUUUCAAGUAUUUUACGAGACACACGAACACAAUGGAUAUCAGAGAUUUUGAAUCGUUGAGUGAAACGGUCCGGAAUCUGAUACGCGAAGCCGUCGAGAUACGAAAAAUGGCCUACUGUCCUUACUCAAACUUCGCGGUCGGGGCUGCUCUUUUGACCGAAGUAGACGCCAAAGUGUACACCGGAUGCAACAUUGAGAACGCAGCGAUGACACCUUGUAUCUGCGCCGAACGCGUUGCAAUACCGAAAGCAGUAUCAGAUGGUUAUCUCAAGUUCAAAUCGUUAGCAGUUGUUGCGCACCAGAAAGAUUCCUUUACAGCGCCUUGUGGUGUUUGUCGGCAAACGCUGAGCGAAUUCCGCGGUUCGGACGGUGACAUAGAAAUAUAUAUUAGCAAACCAACCAUGGACAAAGUGUUGUGCACCAAAUUGUCGCAGUUAUUACCUUUCGCGUUUAUAAGUUACAAAGUGGACAGUAUAGCGGAGAAAUAAUACCACAAUCAGUUCAAAUUAUAUUUAUUUUUACUUAUUAAGUAUUAUGUACAUUUUAGUAGGAGAUAACUUAAAAUAAACGACUAUAAUGUAAA